AAAGCUCAGGACUGCAUCUAUCUGCCACUGCCCUCUCCAUUGUCCUCGUUUCUGGAGCCUGACAUUAGGAAGCCAGCAAGAAACAAGAAUCAACCGAACCUGAUCUCCUGCUCCUCCUUUUUAUGAGUAUUUCUGUGGGUUCUGCAUCUUCUUUUUGUACCUGGGAGGGCGGCCCUGCAAAGGGCAGGAGAAAAUGACCCUCCCAAGGCUGAGGCGGGGUGACCAGCUGCUGUUCCUGGGCAUCAUGAUCCUCAUGGUCACGGUCAUCUUCCUGCUGUUCUACGCGCUCCUCUGGAAGGCUGGCAACCUCACUGACUUGCCCAACCUGAGAAUCGGCUUCUACAACUUCUGCCUGUGGAACGAGGGCACUGGCUCCCUACAGUGCUACCAGUUCCCUGAGCUGGAGGCCCUGGGGGUGCCUCGGGUUGGCCUCGCCCUGGCUAGGCUUGGCGUGUAUGGGGCCCUGGUUCUCACCCUCUUUGUCCCCCUGCCUCUCCUCCUUGGCUGGUGCAACAGUAACAGGGGAGAGUGGCAGCUGGCGGUGGGCUUCCUGGCGAUGUCCUCCAUGCUGCUGGCCGGCGGCCUGGGCCUCUUCCUCACCUGCACAUGGCAGUGGGUCAGACUCUCCUUCCAAGGACCUGGGUUUCUAGCUCUGGGCAUUGCCCAGGCUUUACUCAUCCUCUUGCUUAUGGCCACAGUUGUGUUCCCUCAGAGGGCAGAAAAGGACAAGAGCAAACUUGAGAGCUGCUAGUCCUGUCUAAAGGCUUACAUGAUUGCAAGGGUUCAGUGUGAACUAUGCUAGAGAACAUGCCAGAGAAUUCAUGGGCUGGUAUGGCUUCUCAGCCAUCCUGUUUCAUAGCUAAUGCUGAUCUCAAGCUCUAGCAGAUGGGACCCACCAGAGAGGAGGUGGGGUACCUAGUGUCAAGGAGGCUGAGAGGCACAAAGGGCGGCUGGGGCACCUGCGGCUUCUUAGUGUAGAGUUGUCUGUCCUCUGGGACUUGCAAGGUUCCCAAGGACACUCUAAAAACCACGUAGCUCACUGUCACGAGAGUUCAUGCUUUAAUUAACUGAUCCGAGCAAGCCACUCUUAGUUUAUCCUCAGGAUGGUGGGGAGAUAAGGAUUCCUGUCCUGGGGCCAGAUUUCCAGGAUGAUCUGCCAAAUGCCCAACUGAAACCCUGUGAAGGUUUAUGGCGAUAAAUUGGGAACACUGUAAGAGAGAGCACCUCUGUGUCCUUGGGGCCCUGGUUAGCAAGCUCCUGUCUCCUGUGGUGGGUGGGAUGUGAUGACCCCUCUCCCAUGCUGCCAUGCUGCCACUCCCAGAGGCCCAGGAAUGAUCUGCGAGGGAUUCACUGAAGACAGAACAUAGGAGCACAAAGAGAAGCUUUGGUGGCUUUGAAGGUUCCCCUGAAAAGGCUCCUGGACCCAAAGCCAGGCAGAGGGUAGUCAGUUGGUCAACCACUCCUAAAAAGAGACUGGGAGUUCAGAGCAGAAGAUACCAAAUCCUUGGGCAGGGAUGAAGGUGACCAGACGAAUGGUUCCACAUACAUACCCCUGCUGCAUCCUCCACCUCUCACCCCAGAAUUAGAAAGGAUAUCAGUCCACCACUGACACACUGGGGAAUGUCAUGUAUUUUUCAGCACCUGUCUACUGGAAAACCUGUACAGCAAAUGAUCGCCUCAUUCUAUGCCUGUCAAAAGCCACACUGAAUACAGAGGCAGAAAUAUGGA